AUGAGCCACCUGCCUCCAGUCACUACGCCCAGCAAUGGCGUUGCUUUCGUUGCCGGUGCCAAUGGAAUCACUGGCCAUGCCAUUGUCGAACACCUUAUCGGGCGUCCUGCGACGGAAUGGUCAAAGAUCAUCAUCUCCUCACGCAGACCCCUCAACGCUCAAUUCACCGAUCCCAGGGUUGAAUUCAUUGCCCUGGACUUCUUGAACUCUUCAGAGAGCCUUGUAGAACAGAUCAAAGAGCUCUGUGAAGGUGUCACGCAUGCAUUCUUCACAUCGUACGUCCACAACAACGAUUUCUCCGUUCUCUACAAAAAGAAUGGCCCCUUAUUCCGAAACUUCUUGGAAGCCGUGGAUCAAGCUUGUCCAAAAUUGGAGCGGGUUGUACUACAGACAGGCGGAAAGCACUACGGAUUUCAAUUCCGAGAAAUGAACUCUGCACUCAAAGAAGAAAUACCUCGAUAUGACGGACCCGAAUCUAUCUUCUAUUAUGAGCAAGAAGAUGACAUGUUUGCGAUCCAGAAGCGUCGCCAAACCUGGAGCUACAACAUCAUUCGUCCCAUGGGAAUCAUUGGAUAUGCCUCUCAAUACAUUGGUAUCAACGAGGCUCUGCCGGUUGCUCAGUACUUCCUUAUCUGCCGUGAGCUCGGCGUGCCUCCUAAAUGGCCGGGAAGCUUGAGCACCUACCUUCGGGUCGAGACUCAGUCCUAUGCCCCUAGUAUUGCCGACUUGACCGUGUGGGCUGCUACCCAGGAUGGCUGCAAGGAUGAGGCAUUCAAUCACACGAACGGCGAUGUGAUCAUCUGGAAGUUCCUUUGGCAUUUCCUGGCUGACUACUUCAAGACCCCGCUAGGCUCGGAUGAGCCCACGGAAACCACCAAGCCUGUGGACAUGCUUGAGUGGGCCAAGGACAAGCGUCCCGUUUGGGAGAGAAUUGUGGCCAAGCAUGGCGGUGAUGUCAACUCUUUCCAGUUGGACUCAUUCGCCCUGAUGAACUGGUACAUCACACCUACUGAGAUUGAGUCACCACUCAUUGCCUCGGUGGGAAAGGCAAGAAAGUUCGGCUGGAUUCGCUUCGACGACACUCAAACCACAUGGAUAAAGACCUUCGAGUCCUACCAGAAUGCAGGGGUCUUGCCCGUUCCCUAA